UUGGCCAUGUGCAGUCCCCUCUCUUCUGCUCAAUUGCACCAUACUGCUGUCCUCUCCUCCAGUCGUUAUAUCAUUCCGUCUCGCAGACGUGCACCUUGUAGAAACUACAAGCCCUCUUACCUCACAAAGAUGUUUCGUUUACCAACAGUCAUGAAGCAGGUGAGGCCUGUUUGCAGGGCACUGGCUCCUCACCUCACACGAGCCUACGCUAAAGAUGUGAAGUUUGGACCUGAUGCUCGUGCCCUCAUGCUGCAGGGAGUGGAUCUGCUGGCUGACACUGUGGCUGUCACCAUGGGCCCAAAGGGUCGCACUGUUAUCAUCGAGCAGAGCUGGGGAAGCCCUAAGGUCACCAAGGACGGCGUGACGGUGGCCAAGAGCAUCGACCUGAAGGACAAGUACAAGAACAUCGGGGCCAAGCUGGUGCAGGAUGUGGCCAACAACACCAACGAGGAGGCUGGUGACGGCACCACCACUGCCACGGUGCUGGCUCGUGCCAUCGCCAAGGAGGGCUUUGACACCAUCAGUAAAGGUGCUAAUCCUGUGGAGAUCCGCCGUGGUGUCAUGAUGGCCGUAGAAACUGUUAUCAAUGAGCUGAAAAAGCUCUCCAAGCCAGUCACAACCCCUGAGGAAAUCGCACAGGUUGCUACAAUCUCAGCCAAUGGAGAUGAGGAGAUUGGUAACAUCAUUUCCAAUGCCAUGAAGAAAGUUGGUCGCAAGGGAGUCAUCACUGUCAAGGACGGAAAGACUCUGCACGAUGAGCUGGAGAUCAUUGAGGGUAUGAAGUUUGACCGUGGUUACAUCUCCCCAUACUUCAUCAACACCGCCAAGGGCCAGAAAUGUGAAUUCCAGGAUGCCUACCUGCUACUGAGUGAGAAGAAGAUCUCCAGUGUGCAGAGCAUUGUGCCAGCCCUGGAGAUUGCCAACCAGCACCGCAAACCACUGGUCAUUGUGGCUGAGGAUGUGGAUGGAGAGGCCCUCAGCACCUUGGUUCUCAACAGGCUCAAGGUUGGACUGCAGGUGGUAGCAGUCAAAGCUCCAGGCUUUGGAGACAACAGGAAGAAUCAGCUGAAGGAUAUGGCCAUCGCCACCGGAGGCACUGUGUUUGGAGAUGAGGCUUUGGGCAUUGCUCUUGAAGACAUCCAGGCACACGACUUCGGCAAGGUUGGUGAGGCACAGAUAACUAAAGAUGACACCUUGCUGCUGAAAGGAGGCGGCAACCCAGCUGACCUGGAGAAACGGGCAGCAGAGAUUGUCGAGCAGCUGGAGAACACCACCAGUGACUAUGAGAAAGAGAAACUCAACGAGAGGCUGGCCAAGCUGUCUGACGGAGUGGCUGUGCUCAAGAUUGGAGGAACAAGUGAUGUGGAGGUGAACGAGAAGAAGGACCGUGUGACAGAUGCUCUGAAUGCCACACGGGCAGCUGUGGAGGAGGGCAUCGUACCCGGUGGAGGCUGUGCUCUGCUGCGCUGCAUCCCCUCCUUGGAUACCAUCAAACCUGCCAAUGCCGACCAGAAGAUGGGUGUGGAAAUCAUCAGACGGGCACUCCGUAUCCCCUCCAUGACCAUCGCUAAGAACGCAGGUGUGGAAGGUUCGCUAGUAGUGGAGAAGAUCCUGCAGGGACCAGCCGAGGUCGGCUACGAUGCCAUGCAGGGAGAGUACGUCAACAUGGUGGAGAGGGGCAUCAUUGACCCCACCAAGGUGGUGAGGACAGCACUGCUGGACGCAGCAGGAGUAGCCUCCCUGCUCUCCACUGCCGAGGCUGUCGUCACAGAGAUACCCAAGGAGGAGAAGGAUAUGCCAGGAGGCGGCAUGGGAGGCAUGGGAGGCAUGGGCGGUAUGGGUGGCAUGGGAGGCGGCAUGGGUUUCUAAGCCAAGCUUCCUGACUUGCUGUACAGACUAAUCAGCAGAGUGGUGCUGGGGGUGGCUGUGGAACAAAAGAACCCUCCAAGAACCUGCACCCACUUCCACCAAAAAUCUGCCCACACUGACUGACUGACCAUGAGUAUGUUGGAGCCCCACUACUUCACAUGAUUCUGCCUCCUGCUUCAUUGUCCCGGAGGAGCCAGCAUCACCUGACUCUGUGCUUCUGUCCCAUUCAUCCAGUCUGCCCAGAAACUGGGGAUGUGAGCCCAAACAAGCCCAGUUACUACAUGAGAACCCUCUACACAGCUCUAUUUUACUCCCAUGACUCUGUUCAAUGAAACAUUGACAUGCGCACAAAGCUCAUAGUUCAUAAUGUAAAAAGUGCUCAACAGAAAGAAAAGUGCUUAUACAGGUGAUGCCAUUUUGAUCUCUGUAAGAGGUAGUUAAGUGAUUAAAAAUGGUCAAUGAAGAAACUUCACAGAAACUAACAUAGUAGACAUGAUUAUAAUCUAUAUUACUGCAAAGAGAGCAGACCUUGAACGAGAGAAGAUGCCUAGGCAGGAAUGUGUCACUGUCCUUUAUUUUUGUUGUAGUAUUUUGUUAAUUCAUGUUUUGGUUUUUUAUAUAUCUGUCUUGGUUUUGCCCAGCUAAUAUAGUGGGUUAAAGCCUGUCAUUUGAUUUAAUUAAAACAAUUUUCUUACAGAACUUGAGCAUUUUCUGUGACUUUGUCUCUGAAGUGACGUUUGAUUAUAUUUACCUGGUGAUGGGUGAAAAAAAGAUCCCUUUGAGUUCCCUGUUACUUCUCCUACCUUGUACCUGACCAUGAUUGGAUGAAGAGUGCCUAAAGUGUCACCAGGGGCCUGGUGAAAACAAUGUGAAAUUUUUAAAUAAUGUUUACUGAUGUCUGCUGCUCUGGUACUGGGAGACUAUAAUGUAUGCAGCAUUUUGAGUUUUUCAUCUGAUUGACUGUCAUCCUUCACAGUAAUGAUGGUCAUAGGAUCAGCUGAACACUGAUUUCACAGUAUAGUGUGAGAGGGGGGGGCAGUCUGACAGGGGAGCAAGAUGGGACUCAAGUUACAGAGCAGUUACGAAGUCUAAAUAUGACAACAUGGUGCCCUUGUGCAGUUAAACAUUGACCUUGUGUGACGCAGCUUACACGUCUCCAUACGCUCUGCUUUAAGUAAGCAAGUACAAAAAAAACUACAUACAUAAAACGCAGGUGGUGUUUUGUUUUCAAUAUAUUAUUCCUUUGCAAAAUAACAUAGCAGUGAUCAUUCGACUUCUGUUUUGUACAAUGUAGACAUUGAUUAAUUGUGAUUUCUUUUAUUUAAUAAACAAAUUGUUCUGUGUUGGUUACUCGA